AUGGGAAGAGGAGAGCAUACUCAGAGAAUCGAGUAUCUGGAAGCGCGCUUGGCUAGUUAUGAGAAUGCAACUCCGGUGCUAAGCCCUGUCUCACAAACAAACGAGGCAGUCCGUCCACCGCUUGAGGACAUACACCCAAGCGCAAGGACGCCCGCUCCAUCAAGAGCUCGACGGAGCUCUACACGAAUUGGCAAUAACUCGUUUCUCGUAGACUCACUGGGCCUCCCGCCUGCAGUUUCUCGUCCAGAACUGGAAGAAAAUGCUACUACAUGCGCGUCCGAACCAUCGCCAGUUUCAGCGAUUGCUGCAGACUCCUCACUGAGCUCUAGCUAUGCCUUUGGAUCCAGGGUACAAAGUCUGCUCGAUGGAUCCAGAUCAGCUCCACGUCGGGACUAUGCUGCGCUUACCACCGACCAGCUACUACUACAACCACAACCUAGGACCACCCAUGUAUUCGACAUCCCUUCAUUACCCACUGAGCAAGAAGCGUUCGGGCUACUAGAGACGCUUGUAACAUAUAUCGGGCAUACUCAGAACUACGUCGACGCGCGCGAAAUCUCCGACAAAAUCGGCCUUCUCUAUGCAAAUAAACAGGACACCACAAACGCCGAAAGUCUAUGGACUCUGGAGAUUCUCCUAAUCUGUGCAAUUGCACGACUCUUCAAAGGCGACUUUGGAGGCGAUGAACAUAGAACCGACCCAUACCCAGGCUAUGUCCUGUUUGACUUUGUCAGGGACCGCAUUCCACCUCUGGGCCAGUUGUAUAGAGUUGGACGGGUUGGUGUUGAAGUUCUCGCGCUGGUUGCUGUAUACCUCCAGAAUAUCUACUGCAAGGAGGAGGCAUAUGUAUAUAUAAGCACCGCUCUGCGACUCGCAGUUUCCCACGGCUAUCACCGCCAGUCCACCACUGGGCGGUUCUUGCAGUCCGAGGCUACGCAUAUAAAUCGUCUAUGGUGGUCGAUUUACUCCCAGGAGAGACGUAUAGCAGCUGCCACCGGAAGCCCCCAGGGUAUCAGCGAUAGCGUCAUCGAGCAGCCGCUACCAACAGACUCUAUUGGAUUCACCCCGGCCGCGCCGAUGCGCACAAGUAUAAAGCUGGCUCGCGUUUACGGGCAAAUAAUGACUGUGCUUUACGGCUCAACGCUUCAGACCGAGGAUACCUUCAUCUCAAACGUGCAAAGCAUCAUCAGAAGCUUGUAUGAUAUUUCAGAUGAAAUCCCGCUGGAGCUCACAACCGGUAUGCCGAAGCUGGGGCCCGAGUUGUCGUUGAGGACCUCUGCUGCGCUGCAUUUGAUGUUUUACCAGGCCCUCCUGCUAACUAUCCGCCCCGUCAUGCUACACAUCGCCCAAUUAAUCCUCACUGGAAAGCCACCGCACCCUGGGAUCCUCUAUUCCUCACCAUUAGGAAAGCUCUGUCGAACAUGCACAGAGGCCGCAAGAAGACUCCUGAAAGUCCUAAUGACACUCCGACAACAUAACUGCAUAGCCCUCUUCGGCUUCUUCGACUUCGACGGCAUAUUCUCCGUAACCUUCAUCAUGAUCCUAACCGCAAUCCUAGACUCCGCAUGCAAAGACCCAGCGCAACAGAUCCACCCGGCGCCUGGUCUCGCCGAAGCCCUCGAUUUGAUCCAAUACGUCGCAAAUAGCCACAAUACAUUCGCGGCGCAGUGGCUGCGUGAGAUACGAGGGACCUGGGCGCAGCUUUGUACUCGGCUUGAUAUGCCGGAACGGUAUAGGGCUAUUGAGAGGAGGUUAGGAUCCAGACCUAGGGAAAGCUCCACUGGGUAUCGCGGGAACGGCUCGCCGCUGGAUACAGCGGAGUCUGUCAACGCGUCCUCGUUGUUUCCCGCUCGAGCGGGACCUGUUCGGAGUGGUAGUGGUGGUAGUGGCAGCGCCGAAUACGAACAAAACACUACACCGGUUCGCAGCGGUGACACGGUUGGAGCUGAUUUCUUGAACGGGGAUUCAGCUGCUGUACCAGAUAUUGGCGGUGGUGCACCAGAUCCCCAGUCCCAGUCCCAGUCUAUUCUCGCGGACUUGGAUGUCUGGAGUGAUAUCAACCACCUGUGGGCGCCUCUUCCGGAGGAUUGGGGGGAGGUGUUUCAGAACCAGAACCAGAACCAGAACCAGAACGAGAACGACAACGAUGAUGCGGCUGCUAAUGCGAUCCCGCAAAGUCUGUAUCAGAAUAUCUACGGCAGUAGGGAGUGGACAUUUACGGGCGAGGAUAUGGGUGAUUUUGCGGAGUUGGGGAGGCAUGUUGGUGGUGCUUCCUUGUAG